AGGUUUAACUUUGACAACGAUAUUUUAAUCCGUUAUUUUUGACGUGUGUGCUCGUCUUGUGGAACGUCGUACUAUAAUAACGCUGUUUGAACAUUUUAAACAUCAAUAAGUAAUUAAACAUGCCAACUCCAAGUUUACAAAAACCGGCUCCUAACUUCAAGGGCACCGCUGUAGUUAAUGGCGAAUUCAAAGAAAUAAGCCUUAGCGACUACAAGGGACAAUAUGUGGUGCUUUUCUUUUAUCCUCUCGAUUUUACGUUCGUUUGCCCCACCGAAAUCAUUGCGUUUUCUGAUCGCAUUGAUGAAUUCAAAAAAAUUAAAACCUCAGUAGUUGCUGCAUCCACUGACAGCCAUUUUUCGCAUUUGGCUUGGGUAAAUACCCCAAGAAAGCAGGGUGGUUUAGGAGAAAUGAACAUUCCUCUUUUGGCUGAUAAAUCAAUGAAAAUCUCUCGCGAUUAUGGAGUUUUGGACGAAGAAUCUGGUGUUACUUUCCGUGGUCUAUUCAUUAUUGAUCCAAAAGGAAUCUUACGCCAAAUAACUAUCAAUGAUCUUCCUGUAGGAAGAUCAGUUGAUGAAACUCUGAGAUUAGUACAAGCAUUCCAGUUCACAGAUGAACAUGGGGAGGUUUGCCCAGCUGGUUGGACCCCAGGCAAGAAGACUAUUAAGCCAGAACCAACUGGAAGCAAAGAUUAUUUCCAGGCUGUAAACUAAGAUGCUAAUACUAUGUUGCUAUAUAAGAAUCAAUACUGUGUUUUUGUUUGUAUUCAUAUUAUAAUUGAAUGUUAUUUUUGGAUUUCAUUAUCACUACAAUAAAUUUCUACCAGUCA